AUGGCAUCCAUUGACACCUCGUCGCUUGCAGACCUGCGUGAGCAGUACGACUACAUUGUCGUCGGGGGCGGCACAUCUGGCCUGGUGGUCGCUAAUCGCUUGACCGAGAAUCCCGCCACCAGCGUGCUUGUUCUCGAGGCUGGAGGCAAUCGUGUAAAUGAUCCACGGAUCGCAGCUCCUGGUCUCGCCGCAAGUACCUACUUUGACCCUGAGUUCGAUUGGUGCAUCACCAGUCCACCCCAGGUACAUAAACCUUGCUUUUCGAGCCUCCAUACCGAGUCGUAUUUUUUAUGA